AGAUGGCGGCGCUGUUGGCGGUAAAUUCAGCUGCCAGUUUGUGGGGUCCAUACAAGGACAUUUGGCAAACAGUGGUAAAUGCUAUCUGGAAAAGGCAACCUGAAGCCAUUCAUCUCCUGGACCAGGUUUUAAAGAAACACAAGCCUGACUUUAUCUCACUGUACAGAAAUCCGCCAAAGAAUGUGCAACAGCACGAGAAGAUUCAGAAGGCAAGUACUGAAGGGGUUGCCAUCCAGGGUCAGCAGGGUACCAGACUUUUGCCAGAGCAGCUCAUCAGAGAAGCCUUUAUCCUGAGUGACCUCUUUGAUAUUGGAGAGCUGGCAGCUGUUGAACUCCUUCUAGCUGGGGAGCACCAGCAACCUCAUUUUCCUGGCCUUACAAGGGGUUUAGUGGCAGUUCUUUUGUAUUGGGAUGGAAAGAGAUGCAUUGCCAAUUCACUUCGAGCCCUCAUCCAGUCACGACGGGGCAAGACAUGGACAUUGGAACUCAGCACAGAGUUGGUGUCCAUGACAACACGCUUUACAGAUGAGCUGAUGGAGCAGGGUUUGACUCAGAAGAUCCUAACUCUGGUAUCUCAUAUUGAUGUGAACAAUGAGUUUGAGAAACUACAGAGGGAGCGAGGUCUGGGCAGUGAGAAACAUCGCAAAGAGGUUUCUGAUCUUAUCAAAGAAUGCCGACAGUCAUUGGCUGAAAGCCUGUUUGUCUGGACCUGCCAGUCUCCACUGAGCAAGGAUGAUACUUUAAUCCUUAUUAGUUAUCUGGAGAAAGUGACAGUUGAAGCUGAUGGCUUAUUGGACUGUGUGAACUUGUCCCUCCUCAUGGCUCUUCUUUACUGCUUUGAUGUCAGCUUUCUAGAACAGAGCACAGAGGAUCGGGAAGAUUUGAUGCACCAGCUGCCUCUGUUAACAGAGAGACAGUACAUAGCAACAAUCCACACUCGCCUUCAGGAUUCUCAACCAUGGAAACUACCAGGGCUGCAAGCUACUGUUAGAUUAGCAUGGGCACUAGCAUUGCGAGGAAUAUCCCAACUGUCUGAUGUGACAGCUCUUGCAGAAUUCACUGAGGCAGAUGAGGCAAUGGCAGAGCUAGCAAUUGCUGAUGACGUCUUCCUGUUCCUUACUGAAUCUGUGGUGGGGUCUGAAAACUUCUACCAGGAAGAAUUUUACAUCCGCAAAAUUCAUAACCUUGUCACAGACUUUCUUGCACUCAUGCCGAUGAAAGUGAAACAGCUAAGAAACCGUGCAGAUGAAGACGCUCGUAUGAUCCACAUGAGUAUGCAGAUGGGUAAUGAGCCACCUGUUUCCCUUCGGCGGGAUCUGGAACAUCUUAUGCUUUUAAUUGCUGAGUUGUACAGGAAGGAUCCCUUUAAUCUGGAACUUGCUCUUGAGUAUUGGUGUCCUUCAGAACCUCUGCAAAGCUCCACCAUUAUGGGAUCUUAUCUUGGAGUAGCCCAUCAGCGACCUCCUCAGCGCCAGGUCGUCUUGUCAAAGUUUGUUAGACAAAUGGGAGACCUACUCCCCUCCACAAUUUACAUCCCAUAUUUGAAAAUGCUUCAGGGAUUGGCCAGUGGGCCCCAGUGUGCUCAUUAUUGCUUCAGUUUGCUGAAGGUCAAUGGCAGCAGUCAUGCUGAAAACAUCCAAGGGACCGGUGGCAGCCCUGUCUCCUGGGAGCAUUUCUUCCGCUCCUUGAUGCUGUAUCAUGAGCACUUAAGGAAGGACUUGCCAAGUGCAGAUAGUGUCCAAUACCGUCCCCUCCCUCUCCGAGGAAUCACCCAGAAAGAACAGGAUGGAUUGAUUUCCUUUUUACAGCUUACAACUACUAUAGUGAAGUGGAGUGAGAAUGCUCGUUUGGCCCUCUGUGAGCACCCCCAGUGGACUCCAGUAAUAGUCAUUUUGGGACUCCUGCAAUGUAGCAUCCCUCCCAUUUUGAAAGCAGAACUAUUAGAGACUCUUACUGCCUUUGGAAAAUCUCCUGAGAUAGCGGCUUCACUCUGGCAAUCACUGGAAUACGCACAGAUAUUACAGACUGUAAGAGCUCCAGGUCAGAGGCAAGCAGCUGGCAUUGAGGUUGAACUGAAUGAGGUUGAAUCUCGGUGUGAGGAGUACCCUUUAACCCGUGCCUUCUGUCGGCUAAUCAGCACGCUGGUGGAGAGUUCAUUCCCUUCUAACUUGGGGGCAGGACUGCGCCCACCAGGCUUUGACCCCUAUCUGCAGUUCCUCAGGGACACUGUGUUUCUCCGAUUUCGCACCAGAGCUUACCGGAUUGCUGCUGAAAAGUGGGAGGUAGCUGAGGUGGUUCUAGAGGUUUUUUACAAGUUGCUGAGAGACUACGAACCUCAACUUGAAGACUUUGCGGAUCAAUAUGUGGAGUUACAAGGAGAAGAAAUAAUAGCACAUAAACCACCUGGAUUCAGUCUGAUGUAUCAUUUGUUGAAUGAGUCACCGAUGUUGGAACUGUCCCUUAGUCUGCUGGAAGAAGGGGUUAAACAGCUUGAUACAUAUGCCCCCUUUCCUGGGAAGAUGCAUUUGGAGAAAGCAGUGCAAUAUUGCCUUGCACUUCUUAAUCUGACCCUACAGAAGGAGAACCUCUUUAUGGAUCUCUUACGUGAGAGUCACCUAUCCCUAAUUGUCACACCUCUGGAACAGCUGCUGCAAGGAAUCAACCCCCGCACUAAAAAGGCAGACAAUGUGGUAAACAUUGCCAGGUAUCUUUAUCAUGGCAACAGCAAUCCUGAACUGGCUUUUGAAAGUGCCAAGAUCCUCUGUUGCAUUUCUUGUAAUUCCAACAUUCAGAUAAAGCUAGUAGGAGAUUUCACACAUGAUCAGAGUAUAAGCCAGAAGCUGAUGGCUGGGUUUGUGGAGUGUUUGGACAAUGAAGAUGCAGAGGAAUUAAUUAAUCCAGAAGAUGAUCUGGAAUCUGAAAAGAAGCAGUCUCGGAUCCACCAUGAAACAAAAAUCCACAUCCUGAAUCUUCUCAUCACCUCUCUGGAGUGCAGUCCACCCAAUCUGGCCCUGUACUUUUUGGGGUUUGAACUGAAGAAACCUGUCAGCACCACAAAUCUGCAAGACCCAGGUGUCUUGGGUUGCCCACGAACUUGCCUUCAUGCUAUUUUGAAUAUACUGGAGAAAGGUACUGAAACAAGGACGGGCCCUACAGCAGUGCAAGAAUCUCCCCAUCUUGCAGAACUGUGUUAUCAGGUGAUCUAUCAGUUGUGUGCGUGCUCAGAUACAUCAGGUCCAACUAUGAGAUAUUUGAGGACCAGCCAGGAUUUCUUAUUCUCUCAGUUGCAGCAUUUGCCAUUUUCUAUCAAAGAACAUGAGAUUUCAGCACUAAACCAGAUGUCUUGGCUGAUGAAAACAGCAUCUAUAGAACUGCGUGUGACAUCACUGAACCGCCAGCGUUCCCACACACAGAGACUCUUGCAUCUGCUGCUGGAUGACAUGCCUGUAAAACCUUACUUAGCUGAUGGUGAAGGAGGAAUGGAAGAUGAAAGUCGAUCAAUCAGUGCAUUUCUUCACGUUGACACCGCCUCCAAAGUACGCAGGAAGAUCUUGAGUAUUCUGGAUUCCAUUGACUUCAGCCAGGAGAUCCCUGAACCUUUGCAACUGGAUUUUUUUGACCGUGCUCAGAUUGAACUGGUCAUUGCUAACUGUGAGCACAAGAAUGCACGUGGGCAAGUUAUCUGCAACGUCAAGUAUCUUCAUAGAGUUCUGGUUGCAGAAGUUAAUGCCCUUCCAGGAAUGGCAGCCAUAGGACAGAGACCUUUACUUAUGGAGGAGAUCAACACAAUUCUGCAGUAUGUGGUAGAGCGGAACAAGCUGCUGCAGUGUCUCCACGCAAAGCGGCAUGCACUGGAGUCCUGGAGACAGCUGGUGGAAAUUAUACUGACUGCCUGCCCUCAAGACCUCAUACAGGCUGAAGACAGACAGCUGAUUAUCCGGGACCUCUUACACGAUGUGCAUGACAAGAUCCUGGAUGAUGAUGCAGCUCAGGAGUUAAUGCCAGUGGUGGCAGGGGCUGUGUUUACCCUUACUGCCCACCUGAGUCAGUCUGUGCGCACUGAGCAAAAGCGGCCACUUGCAGUCCCUGUACCUGGACACUCCCAGUAUUUCUUGAUGCUGGAUGGUUCUUUCACCUCAUCACCUGGUUCAGAGGGCAUAUCUGUGGGUUUUGCUUCCAUUGGUGACUCUUCCCUCCAUAUCAUCUUAAAAAAACUACUGGAUUUCAUUUUGAAAACAGGUGGUGGAUUCCAACGAGUGAGAACACACCUGUAUGGAUCACUGCUUUAUUACUUACAGAUUGCCCAAAGACCAGAUGAACCAGACACCUUAGAAGCAGCCAAGAAAACAAUGUGGGAACGUCUGACAGCUCCAGAAGAUGCGUUCAGUAAACUGCAGCGAGAAAACAUGGCAAUUAUUGAAAGCUACGGAGCUGCCCUCAUGGAGGUGGUCUGCAGAGAUGCCUGUGAUGGUCAUGAAAUAGGCCGGAUGCUAGCACUGGCUUUACUUGAUCGCAUUGUCUCAGUAGACAAGCAGCAGCAAUGGCUCUUGUAUCUCUCCAACAGUGGCUACCUGAAGGUGCUUGUGGAUAGCCUGGCAGAUGAUGACUUCACUCUUCAGAGCUUACUCACACCUCAGCCUCCUUUACUUAAAGCUCUUUACACCUAUGAAUCCAAAAUGGCAUUCUUGACCAGAGUGGCUAAAAUCCAACAGGGGGCAUUAGAGUUGCUGAGGUCUGGAGUGAUUGUGAGGCUUGCACAGUGUCAGGUAUAUGACAUGCGACCAGAGACAGAUCGUCAGGGAAUGUUUGGAAUGAGAGAUCCCCCUGUCUUCAUUCCUGCUCCUGUGGAGCGCUAUCGCCAGAUUCUUCUCCCAGCCCUCCAGCUGUGCCAGGUGAUCCUCACAUCCAGCAUGGCACAACAUCUGCAGGCAGCUGGACAGGUUUUGCAGUUUCUAAUAUCCCAUUCAGAUACUAUCCAGACGAUCCUGCGGUGUCAAGAUGUCAGUGCAGGAUCACUUCAGGAACUAGCCUUUCUGACUGGAAUAAUCAGCAAAGCAGCUCUGCCUGGUGUGUUAGGUGAAUUCGAUAUUGAUCUUAACGAAGGGACGCAAAUGGAGCUACAAGGACAUAUAGGACGAUUUCAGCGCCAGUGCUUAGGACUUCUAAGUCGGUUUGGAGGUUCAGACAGACUGCAUCAGUUUAAACUGCAAGAUGAUAAUGCUGAGGGAGACAGAGUGAGCAAGAGGGAUGAGAUUGAGUUGGCCAUGCAACAGAUCUGUGCAAAUGUAAUGGAAUACUGCCAGUCACUUAUGUUACAGUGUGCCCCCACCUUUCAGCACACAGUUUGUCUGUUCACUCCUAGUCUGUCAGAGUCAACCAACCGAGAUGGACCCCGCCAAGAUACACAAGCACCAGUGGUCCCGUAUUGGCGCCUGCCUGGCUUGGGCAUCAUUGUCUAUCUGCUGAAACAGAAUGCUAAUGAUUUCUUCAGUUACUAUGAUAGCCACCGUCAGAAUGUUAACAAGCUACAGAAUGUGGAGCAACUCCCACCAGAUGAGAUAAAGGAGCUGUGUCAGUCAGUGAUGCCAGCUGGGGUAGACAAAAUUUCCACUGCCCAAAAAUAUGUUUUGGCAAGACGGCGUCUGGUGAAGCUGAUAAACAAUCGGGCCAAGUUGCUUUCCCUAUGUUCCUAUAUCAUAGAAACAUGCCUCUUUAUUCUUUGGCGUCACCUGGAAUACUAUCUAUUGCAUUGCACCCCUACUGAUUCCCAAGAUUCGCUGCUGGCCUCCAGGACUUCAUUUAAGAGCAGAAGGCUACAAGAUUCCUUCAGUUCGGAGCCUAACUUGGAUUUCAGAAAUGGGAAGAAUCGAGUGAGCCAGCAUGACAUAGAUCAGCUUCAGAUUGAAGCCACCAACAGCUUUGGUGAAUCUCUGCAGAAGAAGCUCCUUGACAUUGAAGGGUUAUACUCGAAAGUCCGGUCACGCUAUACUUUCAUCCAAGCACUUGUCAGACGUAUCCGUGGUCUACUAAGGGUAUCAAGGACUUAAAGGAUUCCUCCUCAUGCUGCUUGCCUCCACAAGUAACGAACCUGGGCAAACUGCCUUAAACUCAGAUUUUAUAGAACUUACCUUUUCUAAAUUAUGGCCAAAAAUAUUUUGUUACCUUUUUUUUUUUUUUUUUCUUAUCACUAAUUAAUCAGUUUGUGUAUUCUUUCUUGCCUACUGCCAUCCUCACAGGAAAAAUAAAGGAUUUUUUUAAAGGUGCGUUAUGGUCACUGUAAGAGAAUAGACAGAAAACACUGGAAAUACAGCGGAAAAUUUAACAAGAAUCUUGAGCUUUGUAUUUGGGAAAUCUGCACACAUCCAUGUGAUGAUUUGAAAGAAAUGCGAACUGCCAGGCCCCAUUUAUGGUGUUCUCACUGAUGCUGCCUCCUCGCUGUGGAUCACACGCUUAAUGGAAAUGCUGAUUUCUUGGUCCGGUUCUUGAGGACAAGAUGUGCGUGUCCUUCUCAAAAUGGAUUGCUUGGUGGAAGGCCAUUAUUCCAUCCAUGUCUAGCCUGCUUCUGUUCACUUCUUGUCUUGUUCCCUUCCAACAGACAUGAAUGUGUAUAUAUGCAUUUGUACAAUUCUAGGUGCUGAGGAAAUGGUGAAGAACGUGGGGGGAGGCUGACCCGUGCUGGGAAAUGUGAUCAGAAAAGCUGAGGUCUAUUCACUUGCUUCUCCUAUGUGGUCUGUUGUACGUGUUAGGCCUCCUUUUGGGUUCAUUACUAUUUGCUAGCGUGCCAGGCAUUGGGCUUAAAGAUACAUAAGGGACAGAAUGAAAUUUGUGACAAAAGAGGAAACACACUUGAACAUUGGGUUUGGCCCGUAAGAGGAAAAAGAGAGAUACCAAAAUCUUCUUUUACACAGAGAAGAGUAGUAAAUCAACUCUGGUCUACGUUGCCAUUGGAACUUUUUAAUACUUUCCAUAUAUUGUCUUUUACACAGACUGUUCAUAUUUGCAGGUGAGUUCUGUCUUUUCUAAAUGUCCACUGCCUAGUAUAUUUUUUUUAUUCACAAUUAAUAAUUUCUCACUUUGUCAUCAGUUUGUGUUGUAUAGGAGAUUGGUAUAUUUGUCUGGCUGGGAUUAUUUUAUGGUCCAGUCUUUCAAUUUGUGGUUAUUAGUGGUUUUGAAAGAAUAUGUUAGAUACAAAUGGUUUAUUCUUUAGUGAAGUCUUGGUGAUUCUCAACCACUUUCCCUUCCCUUCCUCAUACACACAUCUAUCCUAUCCCACAAAAUGAAGGAAGUAAGUGGACAGGACUCCCUAUGAAGAGAAUUCAAAAAUAUAAUUCUGGAAAUCUGCUGGUUUAAUGUACUUUACUGCACCUUGGAAAACUGUGAUAUGGUAACUGACUAGUAUUUGUUCAGUACUUCAAGAACAGAUUAAGGGAAUUCUUUAAUUUUUGCCAAUAAUAAUUCCCUAUUGGGUCAGGACUCCUGAAUGCCAAGGAAAUUAACUUUCUACUAUACCAACAUAAAUAGGUGGUGCUGUAACUUUUCAAAUUCUGAUUUACUCUUUGGAUAAUAAAUUUUGUAAUAAUCUGCCACAUUUUUACCAUGUUUUAUAAAAUAUUAGACCCUGUUGCCCAAGGACCUAUAGUAUGCAUUAUCUGAAACCAUUCCUCUUUGUUCUCUCAAUUAAAAAACAGAGGCAUGCAUCCAUUUUUCCUGUUUUAUAUCUGGCCACCCUGCAUGUAUUUAAAAA